GCAGUUCUCUCUCUUUCUCUUCUUCCCUUUUGCCCCUGCUAUAUCUUUGCUUCCCUCUCCAUGUCUCCUUGAUCAAUAUCCGACGGUCCAGAAUGAAAGCUUAUCCUUUCGUUUGUUUCCUUUGCUUUUAGUGCUGCAAAUCUUCAGAUCUACUUUCGCUUCCCACCUACGCUUAUCCUUUUGCUCUCUUCCUUUGCUUUUAGCUCCGCAAAUCCUCAGAUCUACUCUUUCACCCACCUGAUUUCCGUUUCUCGGCUGCUUUUAGAUUUAUCGUUGGCUGUAGUGAAACUGAGAAGUUGACCUCAGUUCAAUGGAGGUUACGGUUAGUCACGUCGCGCUAACAUGCGCCGGUGAAACUCUAGCUAACAUGCUCUUUUCGGCUCUUGCCAAAACCCACCUUUUAGCUCUGAACUCCUUUUCAUUGAUGUUGGCUAACAAACCCGGAAUUGAGAGCGACCAAUCGCAAAACCCGCCUGAGCCGAAGGAUGCUGACGGGGAAGAUGAUGAUGAUAACAAUGACAGCGACAAUAGGGGCGACGAGUUUGGAGAUGGUGAAGAGGAGCUGUCCUCGGAAGGCGGGGAAUAUGGCAACAACGGUAACAGUAACAAGAACAACCCGAAGAAGGGACCGGGAGGUGGCGCAGGUGGGGCAGAACAGAAUGGAGAAGAUGGAGACAAUGAUGAUGAAGAAGAUGGUGACGACCCAGAGGAUGGAGAUGACGAUGAGGAUGACGAUGACGAUGAUGACGAUGAUGAUGGAGGUGAAGAGGAUGUCGGAGUGGAAAACGAAGAUGAGGAAGAGGGAGAAGAAGAUGAAGACGAGGAAGCUCUUCAGCCACCUAAGAAAAGGAAGAAGUAAAUUGUUAGUAGAAAAGUUGAAGCCUCCAUUUUAGGUAAACUUGUUCAUCCAACAUUAUGAUCUUUUUAUUUAGGCAUGAAGGAGGCCGUUUAUCACUUUCAUUUCCUUUGCAUAAUUAGAGUACCGUCGGAACUAUUUUAGGAGCGGCAGAAGAUUCAGUUGAAAACAAUUUGUAUGAUGUCAGCCGUUACUUUUUAUAAAAGGUAAUACAGAUA